CAUGCUGGACGCGGAGCCGCGGCUGCAGGUGGCGGCCGCCGACUUCGUGUCGCAGUACGAGAGCCUGUGCGCGCUGCAGGACGCGGCGCCGCUGGCCGACGUGCGCGCCUGCCUGCGGGAGGGUGAGCUGGACGUGCCGGCCGACCGCCUGCGCCUGGCCGACUGGACGCCGCUGCUGCGCGCGCUGCAGGCCGCCCGCGAUCUGCCGCGCGUCGCCGUCCGGAGCUGCUUCCAGCCGCGACCCGGCGACGCAGGUUUCGAGAGAAGUAAAAUCUGCAGGAGCCGCAUUCCUGCAAUACGCAGCAAAGAUGUGACUUACCAGUUGUGCAAAUCUCUUAAAUGCUGUUUGAGUGCCUCUGGUGCUCUCAGGAGCCUGGAGCUCAAUGGACUAGUUCUGAGAGAGAGAGAUUUAAUCGUCCUAACAAAGGGAUUGAAUAAGUCUGCUGCGUUGGUGCACCUGUCUCUUGCCAACUGUCCAAUUGGAGAUACAGGUUUAGAAAUUAUUUGUCAAGGCAUAAAGAACUCUGUCACUCUGAAGACAGUGGACUUCACGGGAUGCAACCUUACGUGGCAGGGGGCUGGUCACAUGGCCAAGAUCUUAAAGUAUCAGACCAUUAGAAGGCAUGAAGAAACCUGGGCUGAGAGUCUUCGUUAUAGAAGACCUGAUCUUGACUGUAUGGCUGGCUUAAGACGCAUCACUUUGAAUUGCAACUCACUCAUUGGUGACCUGGGCGCAAGCGCUUUUGCAGAAUGUCUUGGUGAAGAUUUAUGGCUUAGAGCACUUGACCUGCAAGCAUGUGGCAUUACUAAUGAAGGAGCAGAGGCUUUGUUGAAGGGCCUUGAAAACAAUAAAACGCUGGUGGUUCUGGACAUAAGGAAAAAUCCGCUCAUUGAUCAUUCUGUGAUGAAAGCAGUUAUCAAAAGAGUUCUCCAGAAUGGAAGAAGUGCAAAGUCAGAGUACCAAUGGAUAACUUCUCCAUCAACAAAGGAACCAUCAAAAACUGCUAAACAGAAAAAGAAAACUAUAAUUCUGGGAAGUGGCAGAAAAGGAAAAGCUACUAUUCGAAUUGGAUUGGCCUCCAAGAAAUCUGUGAGUAACGGAAGAAAACAUAGCGCUGGAAAAGACUAUUCUCCUGAGCCCUUACCACCUGGCGUGUCUGGCUUCCUGCCCUGGCGCACCGCGCAUCGUGCCAGAAGAAAUAGGUGUUUCCCAUUAACUAAAACUCACGAGGACUAUAAUCAGUUACAGCCACGUUUCCCCGUGACCGUGACCUUGGAGAGCCCUUCCUCCUCAGACGUUGAAGAGAUCGACAGCUUCUCGGACAGUGUUCAAGAGGCGCCUUGGUGCCCCAAUGUGAAGCAAGAAGUGCUGCAGGGAAAACUGGACGAAUGCCUGAAGCAGUUAAGAGAGGAGAGAAUAAUAAGACUUAAAACUGAUAGAAGAGUCAGUGAGCUUGAACAUGAAAAUGCCCAGUUAAGAAAUAUAAAUUUCUCUUUAUCUGAAGCCCUUCAUGCACAUUCGUUGACAAGCAUGGUUCUGGAUGAUGAAGGGGUUUUGGGCAGCAUUGAGAGUUCUUUUCAGAAGUUUCAUGCUUUCUUGGAUCUCCUUAAAGACGCUGGGCUUGGCCAGCUAGCAUCAAUGGCUGGUAUAGAUCAGUCAGAUUUCCACGUACCGGGUCAUCCCCAAAUGAAUUCCACCCUUAGUAGUCCACUAAAAGAAGAGAAGAAGACCACCGAAGAAGAAAAAUCAGAAUCAAAGCACAGUGCCUUAGGACAAAUGCAGAAUAUCCAAGUUUCUAUUUGUAUGCAGUCAGCUUACAAUGAAGGAACACGAAUGAAGUUUCAGCAAAUCACCAGUGAUGCCAGAAUUCCUUUGCCCCUUGACACCUUCCCGGUUGCAGUUUCUACUCAGGAGACCUUAGACACUUGCGAAGACAGCGUGGAAAUCCCUACCUCGGAGCCACAGGAGAAAUCUUUGCAGGAAUUUAUUGCGCAGACAUGUUCUUCGGGAGAUGUGAUUUCCGGGAAUGCAAGUCCAAAAAAUGAGGAGGAGUUGUCCAGACAUAGCGGAUCAUUUUCCGAGAAAAUGGCCAAGACAGGUGAAUAUACAAAGAAAGCCCACUCUGUUAAGAGCCAGCAAGAAAAGGACCUGCGUUCCCACUCCAGCUCAUCUGUUAACGGGAAAAGCAAAGGGAUUGGACGGAAAAGCUCUUUGGUUAGUGAACCAGUUAAAAGCGAAUCUCUGAAAAAACACAUUUCUGUUAAGAAAGAAAGUAGAAUAGUGACUGUUUCAUCCAAGACAACCACAAGCAAACUCAAUGUAUCUGAAAAUGACAGUGUUGGGUCUGAUUUUGAAUUUCAAGAAAGCAUCCAUACUCUGUCACACCUGACAUAGGUGGGAAUCUUCUAGAAUUAUGUUUUUGCCUUGAAACUUGAAUAAAUUUCUUAUCUUUUCCUUA